AUGCUCGAGCAAGACGUAGACAUCACUCUAAAGGUGAUUGUCGUUGGAAAUGGGCAGGUGGGCAAGACGUCCAUGAUCACGCGAUUUGCAAAAGGCAUUUUCACCAACGAAUACAAGAAGACCAUCGGUGUGGAUUUUUUGGAAAAGAGGACGUUUUUGAAGGAUGUGGGUGAGGAGGUUACCUACCUUUUGUGGGACACAGCUGGGCAGGAGGAGUAUGAUGCCAUCACCAGGGCAUACUACAAGGGUGCCGGUGCGUGUAUAUUGGCCUUCUCUACCACGGACCGGGACUCGUUUGAUGCCAUCGAGUCCUGGUACAAGAAAGUCCACGACGAGUGUGGCAACCUCGUGAUGGUACUUGUGCAAAACAAGGUGGACCUCCUAGAUGAAGCGGUGGUAGAAGCAAAGGAGGUUGAGACGCUGGCAAAGAAGCUGCGUCUCAAGCUCUACAGGACGUGUGUCAAAGAUGACCUGAACGUCAGCGAAGUUUUCACCCACCUGGGUAACGAGUUCGUAAAGAACGGGGGCGAGGCAUCAGUGGGCAGAGCGGGCAUGAUGUCGAUAGAGGAGGUUGCGUCGAAGCCGAUGGCAGAAAGAAGUGCAGCUGCCAAGGCGGGAGGCGCAGCCCCAGUGGAAGAUGCUGCGGGCGACCAGCCCUUCAAGCUGUCGAAUGGGAAGCCAUCCGUGCAGCGAACAGGCGGCAAAAAGAAGUCGCGGGACAGUUUCUCACCUUUCGCUGAUGGACUCUUCCCAUGUGUGGAGGAGUCGCGCCAGUUCCUGGAGUGCACAUGCAACGCCAGAAUUCAAGCACUGGCUGUUCGAGGGAGAGGACGCCUGGCGCUGGAGAAGUUCGGAGGGGUGAAGGGCGCUAACAGUGUCGAGCCUCCGGAGGAGAAAGGCCUGGCCGAGAUGCCUAGCAGAGUCCUGGCUCCGUUUCUUCCGGAGUUUUGGCCGAGGGCGGUCCUCGAGCGCUGCGGGGACCGUGCUGCUUUUGAUUUCGAUAAGACGCUCGACAUCAUGGUCAUGACCACCUCGGUUGAGAAGCUUCAGUUGCUGGGGUCAUCGGCGAUUACCAGGCGGUAUCUGCAGCUUCGAUUCGGGCUGAUCUCCGGACAGGACGGAGGCCAGGAAGAGGCCUCCAAGCCCUUGAAGAGGAAGCAGGAGCAGGGCCUAAGACCCGAUCAGAUAACCCGGAAGAAGCUCUGGCAGGCUCAGGGCAUGCAUGCUGUAGACGUGGAUCUGCAAGCUGUCAUCGUGGACCAGAAAGGUGUCAUCGUCGAUGCGGCGUACUACAACAACAUGAAGGCUCUCAGGUGCGUGACGCACUCCGGAGAUGAACAGACCGGGGAGAAGACUGGUAUGGAUGAAACUGUGUGGGUCAUGCUGCCAAGGGUCCCUCCCCAGGUUAGGCUCAUCAUCUUUGUCGUAGCCGCGCACAACCGCGGUCAGCUCAAGGAUGUUUCCAACGGUGUCCUUCAUGUACUUGAGGAUGAUCCUGGAAGCGAAGUUGCGAGCUAUCGAAUGGAGCAGAGCGCGAAAGAAGUUGAUGCAGUCUUCGUAAUGGCACGGUCAGAUUCUGGGGACUGGAGCCUGCGUGUGCUGGACGAGCCUGCUCAGCAAGGGCGCCACUUCAUGGACAUCCUGGAGCCCACUUUGGGGAACUUGAUCCGUGCAGAGAUCCCGGCAGCGCCGAAGCGCCAGAAGGUGGCCUUCGCGAUGGAGAAGGGGUCCAUGGUGGAGCUCCCGCAGACCUCGGACCUGGGCAAGGUCACUGCCGGCUUGGGCUGGGACGUGAAGGCAGGACCUGGCCCGGACGUGGACUUGGACGUUUCGGUGGUGUUCUUCGCGGCAGACGGCCGGCACCUGGGCGCCGUGUUCUUCGGAAACCAGGAAGAAUUCGGUGUGGUGCACAGUGGGGACAACCUCACAGGUGAAGGGAGUGGGGAUGACGAGGUCAUCACUGUGAACUUGUCGGCCAUUCCAGAUUCAGUCACACAGAUGGUUUUCUCGGUGAACAUCUAUACGCCGAACAUAACUUUUGACCGUGUCUCCAACGCUUAUUGCCGCAUGUGCAGCCAGGAUGGCACAGAGCUUGCUCGGUAUGUCCUCCGCGAGGCGCGAGGUGAAACCGGGCUCCUCAUUGCUCGGCUGAUGCGCGAGCCAGGCCCUAGUCGCUGGGGUUUCCAGGCCAUUGGGACUUUUUGCAAGGGGCGCACAUGGAAAGAUUCUCUGAGGGACAUGGACCCAUUGGUUCGCUCCACGGCGCGGCAAGUGCAGAUGACUACAAUGCAGUCCUCUGCAGACGUGGGGCUCUCUGCUGCAGCUGGCUCUCGGGACAAUCCCAUUCGUGCCACUGUGGCUGCACAGCCUGCAGAUCAGAAGCUCCUGUGCCAGGUCCCUCACUUGUAUGAUCUGGUUGUCGCCCAUCGCAGAUCUCCUGACAUCAGAUCUUUUUCGUGGCCCUCUGGUGCUGCCCGGAUCAGCAAGAACGCCGUCCUGCAGCGGAUAGUUCUGGGCAGCUCCAAGGCACUCAUGCUUGCAGCUGUCCGUCUACCCUGGCCCGAGCGCCUGGCCGAGGAGUCAAAGCAUCGCCAACCAUGGGAGGAGCAAAAGGAACUAGCAGAAGAAGCAGUGCAGCCCUUCGUCCGUAUCACUCAGUACAUGGCUCAUGAUGGAUUGUCGACACUGGCGUGCAGCCCGCAGGAAUACCUGCUGACGGCGACACAAAAGACCUCAGGUGAAGUCCUGGUCUUCCGCGCGGCGGACUGGGAGGUCGCCUAUCAGGAUGAAUGCCGACCAGAGCUUCGGCUAUCGGGAGAAGGAGGAGCAUCUGGCCUGGCUUGGACAGAAAGCUCUUCUCAGCUGCUCGCUGUGAAUCGUGAAGGCGUCACCUGCUGGAACAUCCAAACGGGUGCUGCAACGGCGAGAUUUGCUGCAGGCCGUGAGGUGACGGCCCUGGCCGCAAGUUCCUUCGGGAGCACGUUCAUUGUCGGUUGCAGCGAGGGCCGCUUGGCCUCGUGGGACACCCGAAUCCGAGGACUGGCGCCGACGGGAUGUUGCGACACCCGUCACGGACCGGUGCAGUGCGCUGCCUUUGCCGAUGCGGAACUUGGUUCAAGCCAAUUGGCGACAGGAAGCGCUGAUGGUCACGUGCAAACUUGGGAUGCAAGGCAGCUUGGAGCUCCACUCUGCGAUUUGAGCUGGCCAGGUGUGUCCAGCCAAAGCUUGGAAGCGGACGACGACAGGCGAACCUGGGACGGCAGCGGCUACCUCAUUAGCCCCCUCGCCCCUGGAGUUCGUACCGAGGAGAUGCAGCUGGACAGCGAGCUGGUCUCUAUCCUUUGUCAUCGUAGUCGCCGUCGCCUGCGUGAUCUGCAGUACACUUGCAAGGUCACCAUGCGACUGGACCGGAACCGCCACGUCCUGAGCCUCACGGGCACUGAUGCCGGCAUCGAGAUGGCCAAACAGCAGAUCGAAGGACUAUCAGGUCCUCGACGUCAAGUGCCUCUGAAGGUAUGGGUGGAGCUGAUGCGCACCCGGACGCUGAGCUUAGAUGACCUGGCCGAGCCAAAGAUCGUCUCCGUGGCAUGGGUGCAGGAAUGCAGCGGAUGCCGACUCCAUAUCGAGCGUAGCAGCUGCGAGGUACGCAUCUUCGGCAGCCAGAGUGGCGCGGCCAUAGCGAGCAAAAUUAUUGACGAGAUGGAGUCGCUGUGUUGCGAGCAGACGAUCCAAGUUCGGGGGGACCCCGCCGUGCUGAGCUCUCCUGCACUCCAGAGCAUUGCUCAUGCUUGCAACGCAACCUUCCGAAUCCAAGGCCUUGGUAUCGCUGUGUUGGGGCUGGAGGCAAACGUCGCAAGGGCAAUUUCCCAGCUGGAACUUUUCCUUGACGAUCCGCAGGGCUACGUCCUGCCCGAUGCCGGCAAGCAGCUGCCGGCUGUGCAGGAGGCCCGGCCAAAAGCACCAUCCACGUCAUUGCCAAAGGUGGAUGCGGAACCGAAGCGUGCCGACAAUGUGUGCCCAACUUGUGGCAGCGGUCCGUAUUGCAGCAAUUGCGGACAGUUGGUUUGGCGGCAUGGCUACACUCCCAAUCAGGGGACGUGCGUUUCGCCAGCAAUGCAGUACCAGUUUGUGGUCAUGCAGCCGAUGGAGGCAGCCGGCAACAUGAACUGCAUGAUGCCAAACAUGCAGCCAAUGCAGCCCAUGCAGACUAUGCAGCCCAUGCAGCCUAUGCAGUCCAUGCAAUCCCCCAUGAUGCCAAUGUGCAUGCCCAUGGCCGUCGCCGUGCCGCAGCCAGAACUGGCAAUGGGAGGCUGA